CAGAACCCCAUCAAAUUCAUGGCUCAUAGAUAAGGACCGAGAAACAAAGAAGAAGCAGAGAAGCAAAGAGUGUAUGAUUUGGGAAUGGCGAUGACAAUGGCAUUGGCAACAGCAACCGGAACAGUGGAUGCUGGGAGUAGAUGGAGCAUGGCGUCGCUGAGGUCAGCACUUCCAUCACCGUCUACGGUUGCUGCUUCUUCUUCGUCUUCAACACAUUGUGGGCAUCGAGGUCUGCGCCUGAGCCUCAGCCUCAGUCAGUCUGUCCCUAAACCCCAGAAGUAUUUUGGGUCCUUCACGGGUCUCUCUCCCUUCAACCCUCUCGGCCUCUCAGACAACACGAGUUUUGAACAUAACUUUACCAUUAUUGAUAAUGGUGGCCGGGUUUAUGCAAUGAGACAUGGAAGGAAAGUGCCUAAGCUCAACAGGCCUCCCGACCAAAGGAAGGCGCUUCUCCGAGGCCUCACUACUCAGCUCCUUAAGCAUGGUCGCAUCAAAACCACUCGAGCAAGGGCAAGCGCGAUGAGGAAGUAUGUUGACAAAAUGAUCACAUUGGCCAAAGAAGGGUCUCUUCAUAAGAGGAGGCAGGCUCUUGGAUUCAUUUAUGAGAAGCAAAUUGUCCAUGCCUUGUUUGCCGAGGUACCAGAGAGAUAUGGGGAAAGAAAUGGUGGUUAUACUAGAAUUAUCAGAACACUUCCGAGGCGAGGGGACAAUGCACCCAUGGCAUAUAUUGAACUCGUGUAGGUCUGAAUUCACUUCAAUUUUAAUUUAUAGUUGAUUCCAAAUCAUCUUCUCUUUUUGUAAUGCUGAGAUUAUAUGAAUAGCUGAUGCCUUUAAUUCUUGUAUUGAAAUGCAUUGCCAGCCUAAAUUUAAGCUUGGUGUCUCAUUUUGUUUUGGAUA